AAUCCAAACUAACCCCGUUUCUUCCCAUUCGUUCUUGCUUAAUAAUCUCGUUCUCGCCGAUCUCUUCUUGUCCUCGCGGCGGAGAUCUCGAAGCUGAGACGACGAUCACGACCAUUCUGGGCUCCGAACCGGGGCAUGGAGCCGAAGCCGAUCGUCUUCAAUCCGUUGAUGGCCAAGCCUCUCUUCCCCUUCUCCGAUGAUGUGGUUCCCAUGGAGGCGUCUUCGUCCUCGUUGCCACCGUCUUUUACUGCGAUUGUGCAAUCCACGCGCAGGAGCACUCAGGAUAGUUCUCCUGAUGUGAUUGAUAUUGAUAUGGAUGAUGCUGUAAUGGAAACUCCAGUUACAGUGAAAAGUUUAUCAGACUACAAGAAUAAGCAAAUUGUGGGAUAUGAUAGCAAUUGGCAAAACCUAGUGAAGGAUGCUUUGGCAGAGGAUGUAAUCGAUUCAGUUGCAUAUAAUGGCCCAAAAGAGGAUGAUAUGCUGGGUUUUCUAAAUGGUUCUGAUCCGGACUCGUCUAAUUCCAACUAUUAUAAUGAAGAUGAAGACGAAGAUGAAGGUGAAGAAGAAGAUGAAGAUGAUGAAUUUGGCUAUGAUGAGGAUGAUCAUGUUGGGCAUGCAACCAAUCAGGAUUACAAUUAUAGUCUGGCAGCUACAUUUGAUGGCUUGGGUCUGCCUACGGGGGUGGAAGCAACUUUAUCAUGGUUGCAGGAUUCUUCUGUCAAGAUGCGUAGCAUGCAAGAAAAGAUCCAGGAUGAAAUUGACCGGAGAUUUAAAGCUUUUAAGCAAUUUGAUACUGUGCAAGAUCACUCAGAUCAUUACUUCUUUAGGGGAAAGGGUGGUGUAGCAUUACCGGAAAUAAAAAAGCCACCCAAGGAAUGGGUUACGAGGAUUCAGAAUGAGUGGAAGCUCCUAGAGAAAGAUUUACCUGAAACAAUAUAUGUUCGGGUUUAUGAAGAAAGAAUGGACCUUCUGCGAGCUGUUAUGGUAGGGCCAUCGGGAACUCCUUAUCACGAUGGCCUCUUCUUUUUUGACAUUUGCUUUCCUCCAAAUUAUCCCCACUCACCUCCACAAGCACAUUACCAUUCUGGUGGGCUUCGAAUCAAUCCAAACUUGUAUUCAAAUGGGAAGGUUUGUUUGAGUCUUCUCAACACCUGGCCUGGUACUGGGUGUGAGAACUGGAACCCAAAAAAGUCUACAAUGCUGCAAGUCUUGGUCUCCAUUCAAGCUCUCAUAUUGAACGCAAAACCUUACUUCAACGAGCCGGGUUAUGAACAAUAUGCUAACACCCGGCAUGGUGAAGAGCGGUCCAAGCACUACAAUGAGGAGACCUUCUUGCAUUCUUGCAAGACCAUGCUGUACUCGCUGAGAAGGCCACCAAAGCAUUUCGAGGAUUUGGUUGCUGGACAUUUCCGCGAAAGGGGGAAGACCAUCCUCACUGCAUGCACAGCUUACAUGAGAGGAGUCGAGGUUGCAAGUCCUAUUACAGAUGAUGACGAUGACAAUGGAGUUAUUCCCAAAGUGAUGAUAGAUGACGGACGUAGAUCCUCGUUCAAACCCUCGCUUAUGAAGCUAUUUGAGGAUCUUUUGAUGGAAUUCACUGUAAAAGGAGCUGAGUGUACAAAGUUUCUUGAUCAAAAAGCGAAAGCUGGAGCUUCCAAUGCAAAAGAUGCUGCCGCACUGCUCUGAAGUUAUGAGAUGAAUCUAAUCAACUAGUUUUCUCCAGUUAUUCAAUAAUUCUCUGUUGGUUAUCAGAAUGGCACUGAUGCAGUAUAAACUAUGUUAGUUUUAUUAGUCUCCUUUGGAAUUCUGUAAAUAUGAUGUAGAUAUUUCAUAGGUUACAAUUUUGAUCUUUCUAGGUGCAUUGCAAAUUGUGGACAGUGAUGAUCUUUUUCAGCGUAAUAUUGCAUGCUUAUCUGAAA